AUGGGGCCGGCUGAUGCACUCCCCAAGGUUGCUGGACUGAAAAAAGCAGAGAAUCAUUUUGAUGCUAUUGUACGGGAGAUGAUGGAGAAGCACGAGAACACCAACCGGGAAAUGAUUGCCGAGUGGGCGGAUUUCGACCGUGACAGAAUGGAUGGGUGUGGGGGUAUCAAACAGGAGGCAGUCAUCAAGAAUGAGGAUAUCAACCAGGAAACGGAGGUCCAGGUGGGAUAUCGGGUGCAAUGUGCGGACUUCUUCGGGAUCGUAAAAUACAUCGGGCCUGUGGAAGGGAUGCAUGGCAUGUGGAUAGGUGUGGAAUGGGACGAUCCAAGUCGUGGGAAGCACGAUGGGUCGUAUUGUGGCACGAGGUACUUCAAGACCUUGCACCCAUCAUCUGGAUCCUUUGUGCGAGCAACAAAACUGGCAAAGCCACGCAGUGCUGAGGAGGCCAUUCAUCUUCAAUAUUGUCCAGAUGAGGAGCUUAAGCUCUUCACUCGUCAGGAAUUUGGUGCUCGAUUUCUUGAGUUUGUUGGCAUGGACAAGGUUGCCAAGAAGCAGAAGAACCUGGAACAGCUCCGUAUUGCCGACUUAUCCGGGUUGCAGGUCUCGCACGGGAAGCUGAGCCCCAUCGUGCCGCGAUUGCGGGAGCUAAACCUUUCGUUGAACCUGUUUAGAUCUUGGGACCAGGUGGUGCAAGUGGUCGAGGAUCUGCAGCAUCUCAGCACUCUCAUCCUGAGUGGAAACAGACUGCAGACUCCUCAGGUAACUCUGUCGGACUUUGAGGUGUGCCUCCCGUUGUCACUUGUGACCCUCGUGAUGAGUGGUUGUGAUCUCACCUGGACCGACGUCCUGUUCGUCGGGAAGAUGUGCCCCAACUUGAAGUCGCUUCAGAUCCCAAAUAAUAACAUCAUCUACAUGGAUAUGGUCCAGGAUAUGGACCUCAAUUCUCUUUUCCCUCACCUUGAAGAUUUGAAUUUGGAAGGUAAUGAGUUAAAAGACGAGCAUCUGUUUGCACGGCUGGGCGGUCUCGAACGUCUGACUUCGUUGAAUCUCUCACGAACACAGAUACAGGACCUGCCUAUAGCUCCUCCCAUGUUCCAGUCCUUGAAGUUCCUUUGUCUGGCUAAGAAUAACAUUUCAACAUGGGAAAGCAUCGACAAACUUUGUGAACUUAAAAAUCUGGAGAGCUUGGUUUUUUAUGGCAAUCCAGUUUGCCAGCUGCAGAGCGAAGAAAAUACCCGCCAGGAGAUCAUCGCCCGCAUAUCGAGCCUGACUUCCCUUAAUAGGUCCGAGAUCCCAAAGAAAGAGCGUGCUGGUGCCGAAAUCGACUACCUGAAGAGGUAUGGAAAGCUCUGGUUCGGCGACAGGGAACAUCUUCUCCGACUCCAUCCGACCUAUCGCCGCCUGGUGGAAGCCUACGGCCCGCCCGAGGAGAGCGAGCUGAGCUCGAGGCAGCACCGGGUACGAGACACCCUGGUCACGCUGCGCAUCGUCACCCCCCUGCAUCCCCCCGACCGUCCCGUGACGAAACGCGUCCCCGUGACCAUGACCGUCCAAAGCCUGAGGAACCUGGUCGGUCGGCUGGUGAGGCGCCCGGCGUACGCCCUCACCCUGGUCCUCCAGAGCUCCCAUAACCCAAAUGUGAAGGAGAAACUGGAUAAGGAUCAGGAGGAGCUCGACUUCUACAGCGUAGAGUCUGACGAUUUCCUCAUUGUGAGUUGGUGA